GUGAUGUGCAUCAGCAGCCUAUACCAGACUAGAAAAUUGUCAGCCACUGUCUUUUCUUGAUCUUUGACAUUUGUUACCCUUUUUACACACCAUCUUAUGAGUUAUGACACAAGAAAAAGGAAAUAGAGCCUAAAAAGACUACUCCAGCUUUUGGUUUUAACUUUCAACCAGCACGCCAUACCCCAUAUGUUCCCAUUUGCCAUACCUAACUAGCAGAAGAGCUUUUUGUCAUUGAAGUCAACAUAAUACCUCCCACAUUAUGGGAAAUAGUGAAUCAUCACAUGAUGAAGACUACGAAAAUUUUUCACACCAACCAGCUCCAUAUGCGGGAUACUCUGUCGAUACCAGCUAUCGACCUCAAUCUCCAGAGCAUGCUAGAAGUUCGACACACACAAAUUAUCAGCAUCACCCCCCAGCACGAGAGCAUCAUCACACAGCACGAGAGCAUCACCACCCAGCACGAGGAGGAACUUCAGUAAACAUUAACCAUAGCAAGAAACAGCAUUCCAGAUACAUAGCUGAUAACUUCAACUCUUUGGAUGAGGUUAUCGAUGCACUAAGAGAAGCUGGCUUGGAAUCAUCAAAUUUGAUCCUUGGAAUUGAUUUUACCAAGAGUAAUGAGUGGACAGGAAGGUAUUCUUUCAACAGGAGAAGUCUUCAUGCAAUUGGUAACUCACCUAACCCAUAUGAGCAAGCCAUUUCUAUAAUUGGACGAACUCUAUCACCCUUCGACGAGGACAAUUUGAUACCUUGUUUUGGAUUUGGGGAUGCAACAACACAUGAUCAGUAUGUAUUCAGCUUUUACCCCGAUCAUCGACCUUGUAAUGGAUUUGAGGAAGCUCUAUCACGAUACAAGGAAAUUCUUACACAUUUGAACUUAUCGGGCCCAACCUCAUUUGCACCUGUAAUUGAUGCGGCUGUUGAUAUAGUGGAAAAGAGCAAUUUUCAGUAUCAUGUCCUUGUUAUCAUCGCAGAUGGACAGGUCACUAGAAGUCCCGACACGUUACCAGGAAGGUUAAGUCCUCAAGAACAAGCAACUAUCAAUUCUAUAGUUGCCGCGAGUGAAUAUCCUCUCUCGAUCAUUCUAGUUGGUGUGGGCGAUGGACCAUGGGAUGCGAUGAAAGAAUUUGAUGAUAACAUUCCUCAGCGAGCAUUUGACAACUUCCAGUUUGUCAACUUCACAAAAAUUAUGUCCGAGCACACGGAUACGGCUAAAAAAGAAUCAGCAUUUGCCCUAGCUGCUCUUAUGGAAAUUCCACUUCAGUACAGAGCAACAUUGACCCUGCAAUAUAAAGAAAAAUAUAAUUCAGGUUGUAGGAGACAACCUCUUCCACCUCCUCGUGAAGUAAUUGAGCAUGAUAAUGCUAAGAAGUCAGUCGCACAUUUAGCAAACUUGGAACCAGCUGAAUCAGGACCAUCAGCUGAGCAAGCAUGCCCGAUCUGCUUGACAAAUCCGAAGGACAUGGCUUUUGGGUGCGGUCAUCUGACAUGCAAGGAUUGUGGUGUGUCCAUAUCUUCAUGCCCCUUGUGCCGGCAGCCCAUUACCACCAGACUAAGACUUUAUGGUUGAAAUAGAAACUCAUCGACGCUGCAGUUUGAAGAUAUGAUCCAACUUGUAAUUAGACGUGUUGAGAAAUUUCAUCUGUUAUCGCCUUCUUUAGCUUACGAUACAUUACUGCAUAAUAUUCCUUGAUGUUCUAUACCAAAAUAUUCAUAGUUGAGUAAUUCAAGUACUCCCUAAAAUGUACACAACCAGAAAGGGAGAACAUAGUGGGAUAUAUUAUGAUGAGUUAGUAAAUUUCAUUUCAAUACAAAGAAAAGACAUUUUUGGGGA